GGAGCUGCUAGGCAGGGACACAGGUGGGAGCCGGUGGACAGUGGCAGGGGGAGCAUAGGGAGCGCGAUGGGCAGCAGGGCUGUGUCAAGGCUCCUGCCAGGGGUGGCCAUGGUCCUCCUGCUGCUGCAGAGCACACAGUCAGUCUACAUCCAGUACCAAGGCUUCCGGGUCCAGCUGGAAUCCAUAAAGAAGCUGAGUGACCUGGAGGCACAGUGGGCACCCAGCCCCCGCCUGCGGGCCCAGAGCCCACUGCCCGCCGUGUGCCACCACCCGGCUCUGCCCCUGGACCUCCAGCCUGUCUGCACCUCCCAGGAGGCUUCCAGCAUCUUCAAGACCUUGAGGACCAUCGCUAAUGAUGACUGUGAGCUGUGUGUGAACGUCGCGUGUACUGGCUGCCUCUGAGAUGACCCUGGGUGCCCUGAGCCCACCGAGGACACCCCAACCUUCAGCCCACCGCCUUGGCAGCCUCACAUCCCCCUCCAUGCUCCAGCUGGGUCCCUGGCUACCAUGGUCAUCACCAGCCUCCCAGGGCCUGGACAGCUGGAUCUGGUGCAAAGCAAUUGGACACGGGGUUGGAGGGGUGGGCCCCUGAGGCAGCCCAGCUCCCAAAUAAAGAAUCUACAACACACAA